AUGGCUUCAUCAAACAAAGGAAAAUGUUUCAGCUAUGUGCCUCUACGACCGGACGAGAUUCGGCUUUUGUCUGUCGCGCCGGGGGACUCAGAACCCAUCACUUGCGAGCUUGUUCACGUCAGACUAGACAGCAAACCAAAGUUCUGGGCGUUAUCGUAUGUUUGGGGCGCACGAGAAAAUCCCCCGCCGAUUGAAGUCAACGGGUGCUCCUUCGUGGUUACGAGAAAUCUGUACGACGCGUUGCGUGAAUACCGCCGGCAGUUCUUGGGGUGCGAUCGUGACACAAAUGGCUCACUCAUCUGGAUCGAUGCCAUCUGCAUUGACCAGACCAAUCACAAGGAGAAGGCUAUUCAGGUUCCACGCAUGUCUGAGAUCUAUGGCAGAUGCGAACAUGUUUUGGCUUGGCUCGGCCCUGUGGAUGAUGUUGAGCAAGAUGCUGUCCGCGAGUUGUCAGAGAGGCUCGAGCAAUUUGGGGGUCAUGCCAACUCUCCGAGUGAUGGCAACUUCGCAGACGGACAAAUCAGCGCUUUUCGAGAAAGUGCUUAUACAAGUGCUGAAGCUGCAGAAGAAGUUCAACGUCUGCGGCAGACACUGAUCAACAUUGGCCAACGACCUUGGUUUCGACGUGUCUGGAUUCUUCAAGAAGCAGUCCUCUCUCAGAAACCACCGAUUCUCCUGUGUGGACCACAUACUUUCGGCCACGACGUCUUCUUUAGGACUUGGGUUAGGUUGCUGGACCCAUCCACAGAUGGACAACUACUCAUCACAUUCUUGGCUCGAAGCCCUGUCCGAUUCAAAGCUGUCGAGGAGAUCUACCGGAAGAUCCUAAACACAAGGCUUCAUCGGGAACAAACCAACCGAGAAGAUAAUGAAAGGCAAUGCGCGCUUGAUAUUCUCCAACUGAUUGGCGAAUCUACCGAGUUAAAAGCGACAGUUCCUCACGACCACAUAUACGCACUUCUUGGGCUGCUUGACUGCAAUCCAUUACCCGAGGCACUAUUUCCCGAUUAUACGAAACCCUUCGAAGAUUUGUAUCAUAGAUUUACGGCAUUUAUACUUGCUGAGACGAGGGAUCCUCGAGUAUUGAAUCUUGGUGCUGUGGGCGGACUUGAGGGUGUGCCCUCUUGGACUCCAGAUCUCAGACAAACGCUCAACGCAAAGAUCAACAACAGUCAAAGAACAGGAGCCUGCAUUUCAUUGUCUGAAGAUAAAAAUAUCCUCAAAAUGCCGGCAAUUCUACUCGGGAGAUGUGUGUCUGUCUUUGGUCCAGUACCACCUGACCCGACAACUGAGACCAUCGCGCCGUCCGUCUUUCUGGAUUGUGAUAGAGCGAUCAUUCAGCCUGCUGCGUCUAUUAGGCAGACCACCAGACUAGACAUAAUGCGCCAGUGGUUUAGAUAUCACCUUGCUGAUAUCUUUACCGUCCAGAGGCUUGAAAGAGACCCUACUAUCGAGCAGAGUUUCUUGAUGGCUUACUCGUGCAUGGUCCAGAGCCAACCAGUUGAAGAGUACAGCAACUACUUCAACUCUCGACGACAGCUAGAAGGAGCGGAUGGACUAGCAAGAAACCGGGAUUUGCAGACUUCCAUGCUCGGGCAUGGUCUUUUUGUUCUGCACAAUGGUAUCACAGGGGACCUGGCCAGAACUGAUGUUGCCGCUGUCGUGGGAGAUGCUGUUUGUGUUUUCCCUGGUCUUUCGACACCUUUUGUACUCAGACGGCAGGAAGAUGGGACCUUUCGUGUCGUGAGUCAGGCUGCUCUCUGGAAGUAUCCUGGGACUGAUAUCACGGAGGAUGCUCUCGAAGAGUACCAACAGUCUUUUGCAGAUGCUCAUCACAAACGUCCCUCGAAGCAUGAAGUUCGGUGGGUGGACUUGGUUUAG